UCGUCAUACCUCAGAAUCCGCCGAGUUCCGAAUGAGGUUAAAUAGCUGACGCUCGGCAUCAGAGCUGAGUAUUUUUUUUUUUACCUGCCGCUUUGUGCUGCGUUCAACGUGCGAUUUGUUUUGGAUAGUUAUCUUACCAAUGGGCGUGAUAAAGACCUUGUUUAUACUUGCAGCCCUGAUGGCGGUAAGCCAUGCAGAGUGUGGCGUAGAUGAUCUGAGAUGUUGCCUUUCCGAGUUCCUGCCAUUGGUCAGUCCGGCUGGUAUCCGGCUAACAAAAGAGAAUUUAAAUAACACAUGCAAAGUUGCCUCCGGCUCACUGGAGUGUAUCGAAAACUUUUCUGACCACUGUGUGGCACGAGGGAACGACAAACUGGAAGGGAAUCUCAACAAAACAAAGGUCUUCAUCGGCCAAACAUGUGGAAAUAAUUCCAAGAUCUUGGAAAGUGUCGAAGAAUACGAAGAUUGUUUUACGAAUGCUUCUUUGGACUUCCAAAAGUGUUACAAUAAAACAUUGCUCCCAGGCACUGUUGGCGAUGACGAUGAAGCAAAGUGGAAGGCCGAAUGCUGCGAGUACAAGAACUUGUUAAACUGCGCCGUCCAAACUGUUGAAACUUCUUGUGGUAUUGCAGCGUCUCAACUUAUGCAAAAUGAGAUUGUCAACCUGAAUGGCAUAGGUCUAGAAGUGGCUUGUGAAGAAGUCUUUGAUAAAUGUUCCAAUUCAGGGAUGAUGCUGGCGUCAUCCCUACUACCUUUCAUCUUGCUCCUCGCUCUUUACACAUUUAGAUUUUUGUAAAUGUAUGUUCUCUUAAUCCCACUUUUAAUAAAUUGUUUAUUUUUCUA